UUGUGGAUCCUAAUUCUGUUGGAGUCAAAAGUCGUCUGGAUUAAUUAAUUAAUACAUUGUUUGAGGAAGAAAGUGAGUGGGACCACCCUAUGCCUUCUGUUCCCACAUCUUUGCAGACUUUAAGGUUACCAGAUGACCUGGCCUAUUUCUCCUGCCUUCAAGGGGGCUUGUGAUCUGCAGAAAUUCCCCAGGUGAAACUUUUCUUCCUGGCCUGGAGUAGGAUCUUUGAUCGCCUGCCAAUUGCAGCAGUUGGAUGUCUGUUAAAGGGGUAGUUUACAGAGUCUGCAUCAAAACCUGGAUGGGAAUUAGUAUUUGGGAGCUGGAUUUCCUCGAGAACCGGGAGAGAGAACCUGAGGCCCUCACUUUUUAAAAACUACAUUUAUAUCCCAACUUUCCUUCCAGGAGCUCAGGCCGGAAUACACGGUUCUUCCCAUUCCUGGCUGUGCACACACCAUACAUUUAAAGUGCAUCCUGGGAACCGUAGUUUACCCUCCCAGAGUCACAAUUCCCAGAAGCCUUAACAAACUACAACCCUGCAAGGAAGAAGCGCCCAUCUCAACCUCCCGGGUCUCGGAUUGCUGGUGAUCUUUGAGAAUCGCACCUCUCUUGUCACCAAAUAAACCUCGUCAACCAUCUUGGGAUACUGCGAGAGCAACUCAAGAAGGCAGAAAUUGGGUCUUCCUCUCUAAUUCAUGUGAAUUAGGGGUCGGAGAGCCAAGUUUUUCCCCUGGCAUCAGCCUCUUGAAGGAGCCACCGUUGCUUCCAGGGUCUCUAGAUUUGAGUGGGUACAGCCUGCAGAAAAAGCAAUGAAGGAGGAAAGAGUGGCCGGCCCAGCGACUGAGCGGCCAGGAUGGGGAGCACUGCAAGAGGGCAAAGGGGGUCCUUCCAGGGGGAUGGCAGAGUGCUGGGAAGCCCAAUGGCAGGAGUUCCUGAAGACCCUGCAGCAGCCCAUUCACACAGCAGAGAUGCCUGAGUCUGCCCCCUGGGAAGAUGCCAAGGCCUUCCUGGCCUCCUUCGAGCAAGUGGCCAAAGCCUGCCGGUGGUCUAGAGGAGAGUGGGCUGCCCUGCUCCUGCCAGCCCUGAGCGGGGAAGCGGAAGAAGCUUUUAGCAUCUUAGAAGCCGGAGACCAGGAGGACUAUGGGAAGGUGAAGGCGGCCAUCUUGCGAGGGGAUGCCCUCAGGAUGGAGGUUCAGCGCCAGCACUUCAGGCAGCUUCGCUAUCAGGAGGCUGAAGACCCGCAAAGGAUUUACAGCCAGCUGCAGGAGCUUUGCCACCAGUGGCUGAAGCCGGAGAGACGCACCAAGGAGCAGAUCCUGGACAAAUUAAACCAGAACUAUCACUAGAAGCCGAAAUGAUGAAACUGAAGUUAUCAUACUUUGGACACAUCAUGAGAAGACAUGAGUCACUAGAAAAGACAAUAAUGCUGGGAAA